AUGGAUUCCAGUGGCAAACUCUUCCAGCAAUACAUCGUCGACGCAUAUGUCAGAACAGAAGGCGCCCGUUUACAUUACCUUCAGUCACAUCAACAAGAUUUGCGUGUAGAGCAAUACAGGGGACUUGUGGAUGCUGUCACUGCGAAAGCACAUCACCAUGACCUCCGCCCUGGACAAUUGAUCAUUCUUCCCUCUACCUUUCAAGGCAGUCCAAGGUACAUGCAACAGAACUACCAAGACACAAUGGCAAUUGUCCGCAAAUGUGGAAAGCCUGACUUAUUUUUAACCUUCACCUGCAAUCCUGCUUGGCCGGAAAUCUGCAACGCCAUUUCCCAUCAUGAGCAAAUAGAACACAGACCUGACAUCGUUGCUCGCGUCUUUCAUAUCAAACUGCGACAUUUUCUAACAGAUAUUCUGGAAAAGAAUAUUUUCUGCAAUGUUCUCGCUUACAUCUUCGGCAUUGAAUUCCACGAACGAUUGCCUCAUUGCCAUAUGUUACUUACACUUGACUCACAAUCCAAAAUAAGGACCAAAGAUGAUAUAGACAAAUAUGUCUGUGCUGAGCUUCCAAAUCCUGAAAUACACCCUCGACUUUUCCAAAUUGUCACCAAAUGCAUGGUGCAUGGUCCGUGUGGCACGCUCAACGCCAAAUCACCUUGCAUGAAAGACGACACGUGUACCAAAAAUUUCCUGAAAGACUUCAACGCAGAGACCCAAGAAAACACACAAGGAUACCCCAUAUACCGCCGAAGACAAGGGAGAACUGCCGUUGUUGGCAAAUACGAUAUCGACAACCGUUGGAUAGUUUCUUACAAUCCGUGGUUUUCUCAGAAAUUCAAUGCUCAUAUUAACGUUGAAGUUUGCGCGUCCAUUCAAUGUAUCAAGUAUCUUUAUAAGUAUGUGUACAAAGGACACGACGCUGCAUCAAUUGCACUUCACAGGGAGCCAGCCGAUGAUAUUUUUCAACAUGACGAAAUACAGACUUUCCUUGACGGCUCUGUUUAUCCAGUGCUCGAGGAGUCUCUGCCUACCUUCUCGAACCUUCUCAGGAGGGCUUUUAUGACCAAUACUUUGGACACAUAUCUUGGUGCCGUGCUGAGCCAAAGCAUCAAAGUUGUUGAACACCCUAUCAUGUUCCUGAGCCAGAAAUUGCUGGACCAGGACACCAUGUAUGCAGCCGGGGGAUAUGAGGCUCUAGUGAUCAAAUUGGCUGUUAACCAACUGAGGUACUACAUCCUAGGCCAGGCGUUCAGCUUUGUCACUGACCAUGCCUCUCUCCAAAGGAUGGCGGUGCCAAAAGAAUCAAACCCAUGA